AUCGUCGCAUUUAAACGCGAUGGUUAUUUUCGCGAGGAUACAUUUGAUCGACUACACCCUUAAGUUUCACUCGAGUACUCGACUCGUUCGUAGAUAAUAAGUUUAUGUAGUUACGUAUAGUAAGAAAAAAAAAUUCGAAAUCGAGAAUCGUGCUACGAACAUGUUCAGACAAAUAUAAAAUAAAAAUUUAACUUACAACUAUCCAAAAGACUGCAGCAGAGGGACGGAUACUUCGACAUGGACGAGAACAACGCGAAUUUAUCGGAUGUUGCGGUUGUUGGUAAUGGCGAAGAUGCUUACAAAGUAACCCUUACGGGAAAAGCUGUCUCAUAUGGGUCAAAUAGCACGAUACUCAAUGAUGGGACCAUUUGCAACCUCACCUCCGAAGCUUAUCCUCGCAUGACUAAUUAUAAAGAUAACACGCACAUAAAAAGGCCAUCAUUGGGAGAAUUGCACGGAGAUUAUAAUAUCGAUAAAAAUUUCUGCUCAAAUUUCGAAGAGAUUCCCGAAAACGAGAAAGGAGCCGAGGCGGGAGGACAUACUUUGUUUAAAUUAGGAUGGAUUCAAGGAGUUUUGAUACCAUGUCUUUUGAAUAUAUGGGGUGUUAUGUUAUUCUUGAGGAUGCCUUGGAUCGUUGCCCAAUCUGGUAUCUUUCAAGCAACCGUAAUUAUUUUAAUAUCUACCGGCGUCUGCGGCCUGACCACGUUAUCUUUGUCAGCACUUAGUACCAACGGCGAAGUUAAAGGAGGAGGAAUCUAUUUCAUUAUUUCUCGUUCAUUGGGUCCUGAAUUUGGCGCCUCCGUUGGUAUAGUGUUGGCUUUCGCUAAUGCUGUGUCUGCCUCGUUGAACACGAUCGGAUUUUGCGAGUCGUUCAAUGACCUUUUGUGGCAAAGCUACAAUACCAAGGUAUUGGCUGAUGAAACCGAUUCGAUUCGUUUGGUCGGUAUUAUUGCCAUAUUGGUUAUGAUAUUGAUUUGCGCCAUUGGUAUCGAAUGGGAAUCCAAAGCUCAGAAUUUUUUGAUCGCUUUUAUAACCAUAGCGAUGGUGGAUUUCUUCGUGGGUGUCGGAAUGGGCCCGGAUUCUGAUCAAAAAAAAGCGCAAGGAUUUACAGGAUUUUCGCUGGAAUUAAUCAAAGAAAAUUGGAACCCGGAUUACCGAGUUGUAGAUGGAACGUUGCACAAUUUUUUCUCAAUUUUCGCCAUCUUUUUCCCCUCAGUGACCGGUAUUCAAGCUGGAGCAAACAUCUCCGGUGACUUGAAGGAUCCCAGCAGCGCGAUCCCCAAAGGAACCUUGUUAUCUUUGUUGAUUUCCAUGAUUUCCUACAUCUUGGUUGUACUCGGAGCUGGAGCAGCUGCUGUUCGAGAUUCUACUGGUAAUGCUACCGACGUUGCUUCGGGAAGCUUUUUAGAUUGUGCCAAUCGCACUUGCCCAAAUGGUCUACAAAAUGAUUAUUCGAUAAUGCAAAUCAUGUCCGUAUGGAGUAUUUUGAUCUACAUCGGAUGUUUCGCCGCAACCUUGAGUACUGCUUUGACCAACUUACUUACCGUACCUCGUCUUAUUAAAGCUUUAGGAGAUGAUCAUAUUUAUCCCGGAUUAGAGUAUUUCGCCAAGGAAUACGGUCCGAAUAGAGAGCCGUUUAGAGGAUACGUUUUAACAUUUUUCUUAUCAUCGGCGUUUGUUCUUAUUGCAAAAAUUAACGCCAUCGCACCUCUAAUAUCGAAUUUCUACCUCGCCUCGUAUGCGUUAAUUAAUUUCUGUACUUUCCACGCUGCCCUAGUCGAGCCUCUUGGAUGGAGACCUACCUUUAAAUGUUAUAAUAAAUGGCUGAGUUUAUUCUCGAGUCUGCUAUGUGUGGCAAUCAUGUUUUUCAUCGACUGGGAAACUUCAAUCCUGACCUUCUUCGUAUUUUUCACCUUAUACCUGAUAGUAGUGUACAGGCAGCCAGAUGUGAAUUGGGGUUCGUCGACGCAAGCUCAAUUAUACAAAUCUACAUUAGCUUCCUCGUAUAGACUGAUCAACGUAGAUGAACACGUGAAAAAUUACCAGCCUCAUAUUUUGUUGCUGUCAGGCCCACCGAGUACUAGACCACCGUUAUUAGAUUUAGCUAAUUUAAUAACGAAAAAUAGUGCUUUGCUAAUUUGUGCUAAUCUCGUCUCUGAAAAAUUAUCAUACAAAAGGAGACGAGCUGUUCUCCAAGAGACAAUGUUAUAUCUGAAUAAAAGAAAAAUAAAAGCAUUCUUCACCAUCGUCGAUGGAAUGAAAUUCGAAGACGGUACCAAAGCAAUUAUGCAAUGCUGUGGUAUUGGAAAACUGUGCCCAAAUAUCGCGAUGAUGGGAUACAAAACGAAUUGGAUGGCGUGCGGGGUAGAGGGAAUGCAAACGUAUUUCAAUGUCUUACAUAAUGCUUUUGAUAAUCGAUUAGCUGUGGCUAUUUUACGAAUGCCUGGAAGUUUAGAGACUCCUAGACCUCCCAAUUUCACCAACGGUGCCGUCAAUUCGGCCUUUGUUGAAGAUAAUGCAAAUUCCAGUCGUGGUUCUGCCGAAUUUAAUUUAACGGAAAUUAAUAUGGCGAAUAGCAUGCGAUGUGGCACAAUGCCCAAAGAAAGUCCUUCUCCUUUACGUCGAAGUAUAGCUCCAGAGCAAAAAGCUGCUGUUGCGAAGUUACCAAUUAGAAAAGACUUCGACGAAAAUGUUUUGAAAAAGUAUUCUGAAUUCCAAACCGCGAACGAAAUCUCAAAACAAAUGUCUAUAUUUAGUAGAAAAUUGAAAAACGGCGUUAUCGACGUUUGGUGGUUGUACGACGACGGAGGAUUAACGAUGCUACUUCCUUAUAUCUUGAAUACGAGAACCAUUUGGUCGAAUAGCUCUUUACGUAUAUUCACGUUAACUAAUGAUAAAAGUCAAAUACAAGCUGAAGAAAAAAAUAUGGCUGAUUUAUUGGGCAAAUUUCGUAUCAAUUACGCGAGUCUUCAAAUGUUGACCGACGUCGAGAAGCCACAAGGUCGAGAGACUAGACAAUUAUUCGACGAAUUACUCAAACCAUACAGACAGGAUUCGAAGUCAAGUGCCUUUGUAACAGAUGAAGAACUUAAACGUUUGGAGGAUAAAACAAAUAGACAAUUGAGAUUAAAAGAGUUACUCCUUCAGUAUUCGAAAAAUUCUGAUUUAGUUGUCAUGUCAUUGCCAAUGCCCCGUAAAGGUGUAGUAUCUGCUCCAGUGUAUUUAUCGUGGUUGGAAGUAUUGACUUGUGAUAUGCCACCAUUUUUACUCGUACGUGGAAAUCAAACUUCAGUAUUGACCUUUUAUUCGUAGACCCCUUUUUUUCAUUUUUUAAAAAUAUGUAUGUAUAUGUAAGUACUUGCCACGCGUUAUUUAUCGAACAUCACCUUUCUUAACCAAUAAGACUGUAAAUGUAUUAAUUUAUUUGUUUAUUCUUUGUGUAAGUAUACUUUCAAUUUGUCUCAUUGUAAAAUUGCAUUUUAGCCUUUUAAAUUAUUACUUAUCGUUUUAUUUGUACCUCUACCAAUAUACCUAGUACUUAGUUUUUUAUAACACGUAAAUAUUGUAUGGUUACCUUAUUGAAAUUAAGAAACGUAUUAUAAAGUUCUCGAAUUCUCGAUGUAUAACCAUAAUAAAAGAAUGCCAUUUUUUUGAUAA